AAAGGGGCGGGCCGUGGCUGGCGGGCGCGGGGAAAAUGGCGGCGGCGGCUGCGGCUGCGGCGGCGGCGGCGGCGAACGGGAGCGGAGGGAGCAGCGGCAUGGAGGUGGAUGCAGCAGUCCCCAGCGUGAUGGCCUCCGGAGUGACUGGGAGUGUUUCCGUCGCUCUUCAUCCCCUUGUCAUCCUCAACAUCUCAGACCAUUGGAUCCGCAUGCGCUCCCAGGAGGGGCGGCCUAUGCAGGUGAUUGGGGCUCUGAUCGGGAAGCAGGAGGGGCGAAAUAUCGAAGUGAUGAACUCCUUUGAGCUGCUGUCCCACACCGUGGAAAAGAAGAUUAUCAUUGACAAAGAAUAUUAUUACACCAAGGAGGAGCAGUUUAAACAGGUUUUCAAGGAGCUGGAGUUUUUGGGUUGGUAUACCACAGGGGGGCCACCUGACCCCUCAGACAUCCACGUCCAUAAGCAGGUUUGCGAGAUAAUUGAGAGUCCUCUCUUUCUGAAGUUGAACCCUAUGACCAAGCACACAGAUCUGCCUGUCAGCGUUUUUGAGUCUGUCAUCGAUAUAAUCAAUGGAGAGGCCACAAUGCUGUUUGCUGAACUCACUUACACUCUGGCCACUGAGGAAGCUGAACGUAUCGGUGUAGACCAUGUGGCCCGGAUGACAGCUACAGGCAGUGGGGAGAACUCCACUGUGGCUGAACACCUCAUAGCUCAGCACAGCGCCAUCAAGAUGCUGCACAGCCGUGUGAAGCUCAUUUUAGAGUACGUCAAGGCCUCUGAAGCAGGAGAGGUUCCCUUCAACCAUGAGAUCCUGCGGGAGGCCUAUGCCCUAUGCCACUGUCUUCCGGUUCUCAGCACUGACAAGUUCAAGACAGACUUUUAUGAUCAAUGCAAUGACGUGGGGCUUAUGGCCUACCUCGGCACCAUCACCAAAACGUGCAACACAAUGAACCAGUUUGUGAACAAGUUCAACGUCCUGUAUGACCGACAAGGCAUCGGCAGGCGGAUGCGGGGACUGUUUUUCUGAUGAGAGCUCUUGGAAGGGAUGCUGUAUGGGGCUCAGACAACUGUGCCACGGGACUGAGCACAUUCCCCUUAGAGAAACUAAUAAAAGAACAGCCCCUUAGCAGCCCUUCCAGUGGCUUUGUCCUCUCAGGCA